ACUUGAUGUAACUUGUAAAUGGGAUCAAGCCGCAAACAUUGGCGCGGCUGUCCUUACCAGUGACAACUAUACAGGUCAUCCUGACCAACCGCGCAUUUAAGCUGCAAUUAGGCUUUUGGCUUAUCUACGAUGCAGGCCAGGAGGAAGGUGAGUAGGCGUUAAACGAUAGACGGGUGUAAAAGAAUGGAAUCGAACUCAAUAAAAGGGGCUCUCUAUAUUCGAAAGCAUCUUCACAUGGUCACUCAACAAUACUCCUGAAAAGCACUGGAUCACACUCUUAAUUUAACCCAAUCCAACUCGUUCUCAAGAUAAUCACUACCGAAAAUGACUGGAAACAACGUCUGGUUCAUCUCGGGCGCGACCAGCGGCUUCGGCCUCUCCAUUGCCCGUGAAGCCCUCUUCCGCGGCGACAAAGUCAUCGCGUCCUCGCGCAGCGCGACGACAUCCAGUAAACUCAUCUCCCUGUCCUCCACCUACCCCUCCUCUUCCCUCCUUCUCAUAGACCUCGACGUCUCCGCCCCAGACUCCACAAUCCAGUCCGCCUUCCAAAAGGCCACCGACGCCUUUGGUCCCAUAACCCACUUCAUCAACGCGGCGGGCUACCUCCUCCAAGGCCCUAUUGAAGGCGCCUCCCAGCAAGAAGUCCUCAACACGUUUACUGUUAAUGUCCUGGGCAAUAUCAACCUAAUCCGGAACGAAAUCGCCCUUCUCCGUCCCCGGGGCCAAGAGCACGUGGGCGUCAUCGCCAAUUUUGGCAGCAUGGCAAGCUGGGGUGGAGGGCCGGGGUACGCCUAUUACAGCGCCACGAAAUGGGCCAUAUCGGGGUUCACCGAGUCGCUGUACGAAGAAGUGGCGCCGUUGGGGAUCCGGGGGAUUGUGAUUGAACCGGGGUACUUCCGCACGGGGUUCUUGAGUACGGGAGGGGGCAAUAUGCUGCGUGUGGAAAAGCAGAUGGCGGAGGAGUAUAAGACGACAGGCGUGGGUGGCCUAGAGACUAUGCUGGCGCAGGCUAAUGAUAAUCAGCCGGGCGAUGUGGCAAAGGGAGCCAAAGUCAUUGUGGAUGUUUUGACGCAGACGGGGGUUGGGGCGGGCAGGGAGAUUCCGAUGAGGUUGUUGCUGGGGCCGGAUUGUGUUGAAGCCGUGCGUAGCAAGAUGGCUAGGACAGAGGCCACCAUCAAGGAGUGGGAACAUGUCAGUCUUGGGACUGAUCAUGAGGAUGUGAGGAAGGAUUAAUGCAUACGAAACCGGCUUAGUUAACUUGGGAAUGCUGGAGUGUCCCUCACUCAUUUGCCUCUUUGACCAGCUUCAAAGCCACGUUCCACGAUAUUACUGUAUUUCAAGACAUACAUUAGUCACUACGAGCUGAGUCU